AUGGCUGAAUUUCGCAAGUGUUUUGAAAAUUUAGACACUGAGAAAAGAGGAGUGAUUACAAUUGAUGAUUUAAAAACUUAUAUGCGUAAAAUGCAUUAUAAAGAAACUUUCCUUCAUAAAUGGAUUGAACUAUUUGAUCCAGAUCAUAAUGGAUUUAUCACAUAUGAACAAUAUUGUAAAACACUUGGUCUCAUCCCAAGGAAACGAACAAUCAGUAAAAAUUUCACUGAUUCAUCAGCAUCUAUCUCACCGAAACAUGAAGAUUCAAGUGGAAUACUAAUUCACUCUAGUGAUUUGAAAACAAGCAUCAGUAGAUUGGAUCCUUCAGAAGAGCAUCGGACCUCUAAGGAACAAUCAAGUUCUCAUCCAGAUGUAGUUAGCCAGGAACAAGAUUCAUAUAUUUAUACACAAGAAAAUGUUGAAGUUAUUAUCCCUGUAGGACAGAAAUUUUCUAGCCCUUCAAUUUUAGAGAUCACAUCUGAACAAAAUGAUCCAGUUGAGGAUAUUGAAUCAAAUAAUUUAAUUCCCAAGAGUACUACAACUGAAGAGAUGCUGAUCAAUGAAGUGGAGACAAAUUUAGUUUGCCAUGAAAAGAUGACUGGACGAAAACGUAAAUAUGCUGAUGAGAAAUCAGAAUUACUUAUCGGAAAUAACAUUCAUUCCAGCAUAAAUGAUCAAUUACUUGAAAGCGAUUUUAUUCCCAAUGAAGUUACCAAUCAGAUGAUGUCAACUGAAGUAAUCAUUAUGGAUCAAAAUGAGUGUAAUCCCUUAGAACACUUGAAAUCAACUAGUGAAGUUUACUCAUUGCCAGAAAAUUUAAGUCAGCAGAAAUCUCAACAAAUAGAACAACAUAUAUUAUCAAAUGAACAAGUUUUACUAAGUGUUCCACAGAAGAAAUCUGCUAAAAAGUCGAAAAAAAAGCGUAAACAGACAUUAGAAUUAUCUCAACAAGUUGAAGAAAUGAUUGUUGAUGAUCACUUGAAGUCACACGAAAACUCACAUACAAGUAUUACAUGUGAAUUGAUAAAGAAUACUGAUUUACAUGACACAGUUGUCUUGAGUCUGAGAUAUCAAAAGGAGGUCAUCGAGAAGAGUGUUAAUGUAUACGAUAGCCAUUUUCAGUCAGACAAACCAGUCAUAACGAAAGUCACCAAAACUUCCAGCAAAAAACACACAGUACCAUUAAACUCUGAUGUUCAGAUAACAAUAGAAGAAGACAACAAAGACUUGAUUCCUUCAAAUGAUGUACCUGUAUCUAAGCCAGGUAUGAGUAUUUCUAUAGAUAGCGGGAAUAGUGAACCGAGUGACUUGAUAUCAUCAUCAUCAUCAUCGUCGUCGUCAGCAGCAGCAGCACCGGCAGGAACACAUUACAAAGCAGACACACCAUCAUGCAAUUCAGGCAGUAGUUCACAGGUAUUUGAAGUUGGCAGUGAAAAUUCAUCACCUACACCAUCCGCUGGUGUUCUGAUUGAAUCAAGUAAAUUAUCCAAUUGGUCUUCUUCUUCUGAGAAAAUAUCUCAGAGAAAUAACAAAACUCAAGAUGAGGAAUUGCAUGAUGAUUCGAUUUCUGAACAGAUGAAAGAUGAUGGACUAAGCAAAAAGGCAGAUAAGAAGAAACAAAACACACAUUUGGAUAAGAUUCCUGAUGAUCCUAUACUUUCUCAGUCUACAGAUCUCAUUGGUCAGGCUUUAAUUCAGUCGAACAUCAGUUCGACGAUAAUACAUGAUUCUGACAUUCUUCCUGAUGAAGUUCAACAAGCAUCAGAACUUCUCAUUGACCCACAGAAGAUUAAAUCAAUGCAUAAAACACCUCAAGAACUCACUGAUGAAAGCAUAUUAACAAUUGUUUCAUCAAAAUUACCUGACACUGAAGUAUCCUCUACACAAUUAUCGAGUCAAGCUUCGAAGAAUGAAUCUAAGAAAUCCAAAAAAAAGCAUGAAAAAAUAAGUCAUGAAGUUGGUAAACCUUUGGAAGUUACAACCGGAAAUUUUAACCAUAUCAUGUUAACUUCAACAAAUACUACACCAUCUGAUGAACAAGCUAAACUGAUGGAAUUAGAUAUAUCAAGUUGUCAGGUUGCAUCAGAACUCUCAGAUAUUAAUCGGUCCCAUCUUACUACCGUUGAUAUCUCAUUGAAUGGAACAACAAUUACUAUACCAAAGAAGUCACCAUGUAAACAAUCUAAAAUGAAAUCAAUGUCUACUUCUUUAAAUGAUGAAAAGUUAACAAAUGAAAUUCAUAUAAAUUUACCUAAUUCUUCAUUUAUUACUGAGAAAGUUCAAUUAAGUAGUAUAAUUCCACUUAGUAAUUAUAAUUCUGACAAAAGUACUAGAAAUGAAACACAAUUCAUUCAAUCAUCAUUACAGGUAUUAAAUGAUGAAAGACAAGAACAAUCAAGGCAUAUAAUCGAUAAUUUAUUGUUCAAUAAUACAGAAUUGAACAAUAUACCAUCUAAUAAUAACAAUAGACCAAUAGUGAAUUCAAAGAAGAAACAGAAAGAAACAACGAAGCCAAUUAAAGACAGAAUAGAUGAUUUUAAGAAGGAUAAAGUUGUCAAAGAACACUUAUCACCUGAUGUCAGUCUAAGAACAUUAAUCAAUAAAACUGAAAGUUCAUUACUAUUAGCAUCAUCCUCUAAUAAAUCGAUAAAUCAAGCAUCUCAAAACUUCAAUAAACAAGAAAGUAACAAAAAGAAUAAAAAGAAUAAAUUAUCAUUAUGUAAUGAUGACGACAACUUUAUAUCAUUAGAAUCUAGUGUUUUGAACAUAAUGAAAACUCAUCAGUCUUCUAUCAAUCCUCAACAAGAGAAUAAAAUAUCCAAUAAAAUUAUUUAUCCUCAAAUGAAUCAAAAAUGUUCUACAAGUAAAAAAAAAUUAUCAUUACCUAAAUUAAAAAAAAUUAAAAAUAAGAAUAAAUUGAAUAGUAUUGACCAAACUCAUCAAUAUGUAAUGAAUGAAUCAAUAAUGGAACAAUCAAAGAUAAUUAAUACUGAUAUGAAAGAAUCUCAAGAGAAUCUUAGAAAACGUCGUUUCCCGAAAUCUUUUAUGACACAAGUAGAUCCAAAGUACAAUCGUUCUGUUCGUAUAGCUGCUAAAAGACGAAAAAGAAAGCGAACUGUUAAACGAAGAUAUAAUCGAAUGCUGAAACGAUGGCGUAUACGAUCAAGUUUAAGUGAUAGUGGGGUUAUUGUUAUUCUAUUAGCUGGACGACAUCGUGGUAAACGUGUGGUAUGCUUAGGUAGACAAAAAUCAUCUGGUUUAUUACUUGUUACUGGGCCAUAUUGUUACAAUGGUUGUCCGUUACGUCGUGUUCAUCCAGAUUAUGUGAUUGCAACCAAAACAAAAAUUGAUUUGAGUGAAUUAUCCCUUCCUAAACGAAUUCAUGGAAAAGAUUACUUUCGUAGAUCUACAUCAAUAAAAUCACAUAAAUUUGAUAGGGAAAAACACUUUAAAGAUAUACUUGAACAAGGGGAUAAAAAUCAUACACCUAUCUAUACACCAAGUAAUGAAAAGAAAUCAGAUCAAAUUUAUAUAGAUGAUGAGGUUAAGAAAGCAAUUAAAUUGCAUACAGAUUCUAAAAUAUUAAUUGCUUACUUGAAAUCUUUAUUCUCUAUUGGAAAGUAUGAUAGACCGCAUGAAAUGUUUUUCUAG